AUGGAAGAGCGCGCUCCUGUUCCUGGAAGAAGCCUCACCCGUUGCCGGAUGUGCUCAGAAACAUGCUCAGCCGCGGGCUGCUUGCUCUCGCUGCUCCAGCCGCGAGGUUCUGAUUCGCCCGUUCGCCGGAACCUGGUGCUCUCGGUUCGGUGCCCUCAGGCGAUCUCGGUCUGGCCGGUUAAACACGACGGCUUUUCCCAAAUCGGCGGGUCCGCCGCCUUCAGCCCCCACAUCGUCUCCCUCACCUCCACCACCUACGGCCUCCUGACCCUCGACCCGUCGCCAGAUUGCAUACAUUGA